AUGGCUAGCCAGUCCGAAUUAGCGACUUUCCGUAAAGCAAUAAAACAUAUGCAUAAAAUAGGCAUGAAACGAGCACAAGAAGGCGAUUCUGAAGGAGCAUUAUAUUGCUAUAAAGAGGCUGCAGCUCAAAUUAAAGCGAUUCCUGAUAGAGCGAUUCAUUAUGUACAAGAAGAGGAAUUGGAAGAAGUUGAUCAAUGGCAUAGUCAAGCGGAGGAGUUGGCUACAAAACUGCAAGAUCAAACGAAAAUAUCGAUGUGUUUAGAUGUUAAGGGAGACAUUAAACGAUUAAGAGGUGAUAUCGACGGAGCUUUAAGCGAUUACAAGAAAGCACUUGAAACAAAAUUGACCAAGUUAGGGAGCGAAGACAUCAUUGUUGGCCUUUCCUAUAUAAAUAUUGGCAAGGUUUAUGAAAUUCAAGGCAAGUAUGAUGAUGCUUUAUCCAUGCAUAACAAAGCACUACAAACGCAAUUAGCAGAAUUUGGCGACGAUGAUCCAUGUGUUGCCACAUCCUAUCACGACAUGGGACAAAUCCUUUAUCAUCAAGGCAAGUAUGAUGAUGCUCUGUUGAUGUAUAAGAAAGCGCUGAAGAUUAGGCUAGAAGAAUUUGACGACGAUGAUCUUGACGUAGCCAAGACAUAUCACAAUAUUGGACUGGUCAAUAGUAAACAAGGCAAGUAUAAGGAUGCUCUAGUUAUGUAUAACAAAUCCCUGGAGAUUGAACUUGCACAACUUGAUGAAGAUGAUGCAAGUGUUGCAACAACUUAUCUCAAUAUUGCAGUGGUCUAUCAACAUCAAGGCAAGUAUGAUGAUGCUUUAUCCAUAAUGAAAAAAUCACUGGCGACUCAAGAAGCAAAACUUGGUGGAAAUCAUCCAAGUAAUGCCACUACCUAUCUCAAUAUGGGCCAUGUCUUUUACAAGCAAGGUAAGUAUGACGAUGCUCUGUUGAUGUAUCAUAAAUCGUUGGAGAUUGAACAAGCACAACAUGGCGAAAAUCAUUCAAGUGUUGCAACGCCAUAUCACAAUAUUGGACAAGUCUACAGUAAGCAAGGCAAGUAUGAUGAUGCUCUCUCCAUAUUGAAUAAAUCAUUGCAGAUUCAACUAUCACAACUUGGUGAGAAUCACUUCAGUGUUGCCACACUCUAUCACACCAUUGGACAAGUCUACUAUGAACAAGGCAAAUUUAAUGAUGCCCUAUCCAUGUAUAAUAAAUCACUGAAGAUAGAACAACCCCAACUUGGUGAUAACCAUCCAAGUAUUGCCACAUUAUAUAAUAGCAUUGGGCUUGCCUAUAUUGAUCAAGGUAAGAACGAUGAUGCUCUAUCCAUGUUGAAUAAAUCACUAAAGAUUGAGCUAGAACAACUUGGUGACAAUCAUCCAAAUAUUGCUACAACAUAUCACAACAUGGCAAGUGUCUAUGAUCAUCAAGGCAAGUACGAUGAUGCUCUAUCCCUGUAUAACAAAUCGCUUACCAUCCAACUAGCUCAAUUGGGUGAAAACCAUCCAAGUGUCGCCCGUUCAUAUCAUAAAAUUGGACUGACUUAUGAUCAUCAAGGCAAGUAUGAUGAUGCUCUAGCCAUGUUAAACAAGGCAUUGGCAAUCUACAUAGCAACACUUGGUGAGAAUCAUCCUGAUACCGCUACUUGCCAAGAAAAUCAAGCUGAAGUUAAGCAUCAUAUCGCAUCUUUCACAUCAACAUAA